AUGGGGUACACAGGUCCAAUCGCAGACCGGAUUGUUGCCGUCUGCCAGACCAAGGAAGACCAGCACCUCUGGGUUGAUACCCUCACCCAACAGUGCCGUAUGGCUAGAGCCUCCAACUUCACCCCUCACAAAUCCUCGUUAACCUCUCCCCCUGUACCCCCAGCCCAUGUAAGUGUAUCAUCUAAUAGUUACAGAUGUAAUGUCCAGCCUAAUAUAUCCGAGUUCCAUUCAUGCAUGUCUUGUGGCUUAAUGUGGAACCCAUCUGAGGAUGAGUGUAUCACAGGUGUUGAAGUGAUUGGUGGUGGUACUGAUAACCCCUAUACUUCCUCCUCUCUGCAAGAUAAAUUUUGUCAGUGUAAAGCAUCAAGAACAAAAAAUAAUUUCAUUAGUCCAUCCCUCACAGUCUCACAAUUGUAUGUAACAUCUAUCCCCAAUGAAACCUUUUAUAUUAGCCGACCAUAUGCCAUCCUUACAAAAUACUUCAGUAAUCUGUAUAGAAGAAAGAUCAUAACAAAAAAAUUAUUAAGAACAUUAGCUGGUGAUAAAGAAGAUGAAGAUGUUUUGCAUCAGGUCCAAUUGCGGAGACACAGAACAGAGUGCUCAAUUAUGACAGGGGGUUUAUCUAGUGAUGACUCUGAUGAUGAACCCAGCACUUUAAAAUUAAAAAAUGACCAAUGUUCUGAUGUAGAGUCCACCACAAGUGGCUCCUCUAGUGAUGACGGGUAUUGGGUAGGGGAAGAUCCAAGAAUCAAAGCAAGCAUCUUCUCGCCAAUGCCAAAGAAAAAGGAAUACCCACAGGUCAAGAGCUCUGCCAUUUCUAGUACUACCUCAAGCAACCUUCAAAGGUGGAGAUACCAACAGAGUGGCAUUGACAAAAGAUUUAAUAACAGUUCCAUUUCAAGCUCCGGAGAAUCUGGUGUAUCUACAGAUGGCAGCAACCCUUAUGGUUAUGUCAGAUAUUACAAUCCUGAUGAUUCCAGUCUUGGAUCCCCACAGAUGGAAGGUGAUUAUGGCCAAGGGUCAGCUCAGCGCUUCACUUACACAAAACCAUUCAGCACUGCCUUUGAAGAGUUUGAAUCAUGCUCAAAAAUGGAUAAAAGUUCUUCCUGUGAAGGUCCUUAUUACAGUAUUGCCCAAGGUAUUGCCCCACUAGCAGUUUCAGAGGUGUCGUAUGAGGGUGAUGAAAGGGAAUAUGAGGAUCACAACUUUAAACAUUCUCUGCAAGAAGAAAUUCUUGACAGCAAGAACCUGUCAUCCUCACAGAGUUACCCACAGUGUUUUGUUAGUGGUAACAUUUAUUCUCCUGCAGGACAUCUUACUUACCCUCACACUCACACAGGCAUCACAUCCAAGUCCAUCCCUCUUAUUGCAGGGACUCUAAUUGCUGAGACAGAGGAGGCAAAGUUCACUGCUAAUAAUGCACUUCAUUCAUCAACACUUAAUAUUCCAGCUACGCCAAUAAUCCUACCCAAUUUGGUUCCUGGUGAAUCAGAUGAUGAGCUUUCAGAAAGCACUCCUAAUAUUUGCAACAGAACCAUAUAUGGAGGUUCAUUAUCUUCUGAGGAUGCACCAGCUUUUGAGAUCAAGAGAGAAGAACCAUUAAAAAAGUUUCCAUUUAAAAUCAAACCAGAUGUGGCUUAUUACAUGUCAUCAUGCAGUGGUGAUGAGAUGGGUGAUGACAAGAGUGAUUAUUAUGAAAAUCAGAGAAAUCAGAAGUCCUUGGCUUUGUCUUUAUCUCGCAGUGAGCCAAACCUGCUCCAGAGAGUACCCUCAGUACAAGAGCCCAAAGAUUCACAUACUUAUGCAAGUCAUUUUGUCCAAUUUGUGCACAAUGUGGAAAAUCCUGCCAAAGUCUGCAGCUGUGAAUCACACAGCCACAGGUCCUCAGACUCUGGCCUUGCAGAUGUUUUACACCACUUGGAAUGCUGUCCAUUGAGAAGCGAAACUCCAGGGUUAGGGCGAGGAUCUAGCAUAUCUCGCUGCUCCCAUUCUUCCCAGUUUUCCAGCAUUAAGUCUCCAAGAAGCAUAUCUUCUUGCCAGAUACGUCCCAUCACUCCAGACUGUGGCAUGGACAGUGACAGCCUCCUCCUCUCACCCACGAUGACACCUCGCACCUCUGCCCCUGUGACAUAUUCAAUGGAUUCAUUUUCCUCCCUUCCAGACUCAGUCACUUUGCAUCACUCAACAUCAGCACAAGACCUGUUAUGCACAACAUUUUCGGAGUCCACUAAUGAUGAAUCAGUUUUUCGGUCGGGAUUAUAUGCCCACUGGUGGAUGAAGGCCAGUGUUUGCCCAAAGGUGUUACAACUAGAAAAAUCUAAAAGAGAUUAUUUGAGGUUCUGUGGUGAAAAGAAGCCUGAAGUACCUCCAAAGCCCAAAUUCUUGAAGCCUUCAUAUCACACCCGAAGAGUGGGGGCUCUGACCAGACCAGCUGCUAGGUCAGCAGCUACACAGACAAACUUUGGUAAUGUCUAUUCGCUAACCAAGAUGUGUAGAUCUGUAUCAGGCAUGAGUCAUGAAGCUGCUGAAAGUGAAGAACCUAAGCCACAAGCACAGUCAGUAAGACCAAAGCAGAAGAUAUCCUCAACACACCUCAGCCCUCAGAGUUCAGUCAGCAUUUCUCGUGACCGAAGUUUUGAGUCCCAAGCAUCACAAGUCUCUCAGGUAACAGUAAUACCAAGACUGGCAAGUCAAAGGGAAAAUACAUUCUCUGAAGUGCAGACAAAUCAGCUGACAUUACCCCAAUUCAGACUUACCACACCCAAGAUACAGUCAAAUAAUUCUCAGGAGUCAAGUGGAACAAGUGGAACUUCUUGUACAGAGCUAUCAAGUCUCCAUAGUUUCAGUGAAUCAUGUGAUAGAGAUGGUGAUCCCCCACACAUUCGUGACUCCUCUGAAGGCUUAGAUGUUGACUUCCGACGUAGAGCUUCCUCCCAUUCUUUGCAUGUUGGUACUGGUUCUUCAGAAGCAUUCAGAUCCACAUUAUAUUGCCAACUUCAGCCUUUCUCACGAACUAGUGAUCAGCAGUGCAUCGAAGUUCAGUUACCAGUCCCCACGGCAUCGGCUUCAGGAUUUGCCAGGGAAGGAGAUGAUGUUGCCAAACCUAGCCUUCCUCCGAAACCCUCCCACCUUCAGACAUGGCCUAUCCAGCGGUCCAAGAGCCUUCCAAAACUUCCCCUGUCGACCAUCUCUAUCCACAGCAAGGAAUACUCCAGCUAGGUGUACCUUGGCUGCUCUUGUAUUUUGUCUGCUUGAAGGGCAGCAACUCUUUUCACUUGUCUUUGAGAGCACGUCCUUAGUGCCACGACAGUCCAGUGUGACUAGCAUCACAAGUAACACCGAGUCACCUUCAAGGAUGCAGCGCUGUGCAGGGGGAAAGGU